GACUGUUCUCACAGUUUACUUCUCCAGCUCUUGCGGCCAAACUGGUUUCCGCAAAAGUUGGAGCCAAGCAACAGUUGUCUCGAGGUUGCUCACUACCCGGCCACCUUCUCUGUUGGCCGAGAUGCCCUGUGCUAAAGCCAAGUCGUGUCUAUGGUGGAUGGACCAUUUUGGACGAACAAUGAACCGAAACCCCAUCAAAACGCAAGCGAAGGCCACAACAAUAACGACUGUAUAUAUAUACGAGGGAUUCAACUCUUCACAAGGCACCUCACCCAACAGCGACUCUGGUAGUCGGUUUACUACUCUCGUUCCACUUACACUCCUGUAUUUCUAUCACUAUCACUUGUAGACCUCAUGCCUCAUCCUGCGAACUCUCCCUUCACUGUUGAGGCUGCCGAUGCUCAUCCUCAAGUUGACGUUAGCAGACGCCGAAGCCGGUCUAACGCUGUUCUGCAUACCACAAUGCUCUUUCGAUCCUCCAGUACCUCUGUUGCUCGUGUAACCGCUGAAGGCGCCGAACGUGUUCGGAUAGCUAUUACUGGGUGAAGUCUUUAUCAUCUCGAUCUCUGACUCACUUCCCUAAACCAUCCUACUCAGAUCCGAAGCAACUGCUUUCGGUAACCCCACAUUCGGAGAACGCACGUCUAUUACGAUCACCCACCGAGACGUUAACCAUGCAAUGAGAACGUCUCUAUACUCUCGCGAUCCUCGUCAACCGGUCAGGUUCGUUACAGUCGCACCUAUACCGGAGGCGGAGGUGCUACCUCCGCCCACGACGCCCGGAAUUGAUCUUCCUUUGCUUGAGGCAAAAACCAUCUACAAGGAAUCGGCGGAAUAUGAUUUAUUGAUUCCACCUGAUGAGGCGGAGGUAAUGGAACAGUGGGCGGAAGAAGUUGCCAGACAACGAAUUUCCGACCAGGUGAAGGAAUUGUUGGAAGAGAAGGAGGCAUCCAAAUUGCAAACACCGCUAACAAUCGACACGUCCUCCUCUGAGAGUCCGUUCCCGUGUACUUCAGCUUCUCCUACCCUCUCUGAAUUUCCAGAGCGACCCUCUGCACCAGGACCUCUAUCGCCUUACUCGGAUGACGACGACGAUUUUCCUUUGGGUAUCCGUCGUGGUUCAACGCUCACGUCGUUCAAAUCUUUCGGUGAAUCUUCUGUUGCCAGCGAAGACGUACCACCUCCACAACUCGCUGUCUCUUCUGUCGUAUUGGAUAGAUCAAAGAACGGUAGUUCUUCCAGCUUACCGCAGACCGCUAGCCCCGUCGUGUCGCUCACAAAGAUGCUCAAGCUUAAGCUCGCUUCACCCAAGUCCCGGUCAACUUCUGAUUUAACAGCGCUUGGAUAUAAUGAUGGUGUUCCGCUCACUCGAGGUAGGAGCGGGAACAUUAGCUCAUUGAAACAACGAUUCCCUGUAGUCAAAAGACUGUUUGGUCUUGGAAAGGGUAAAGCUGUCGACAGAAGCAAGGAUAAGAAUGGUAGGCGGGUCACUCCUGUUCCUACCGCUGCUUCAAUUGCGGUUGUGAAACCUGUGGGUCAGAAGAGGCAGAGAGAUGAUGACGAGGCAGACGAGAAUGCUCCUCCCAAUGAGGAGAAGGAGAGGAGAAUCAUCAGGAGGAGAUUGGUUGCUUGAGCAAACUGUACUUUACUGUUGUACAGGACGCGCAGGAUACUGCUUUUACGAUCACGCCCUUUAACGUUUAGUUUUUUUUUAGUCUGUAUCUGUAAUAGGUAGAGUCCAAUAAGACAUGUCUUAGCAUCUGACUCGGACUCGGAACUUAUUUCUUUAAG